GCCACUGAUGACAGAGCCAGACACCCUCAGACAGACAGACAGACAGACUUCUUCACCGCAGAGGACGAGGGAAACAUGGACUAUGAGAUGAGACUCGGUUCUGUUUCAGUUUUGUGUGUUUCAAAAGACAGAGUUUUCUUAGGAUGGUGGGAGUGAGCUUUUUCUUCUUCAAGUCGCUGCUAGGUCUAGGUGACGCCGCAGAGCAGAGCGAAGCGUCUCUCUCUGCUUUGGGGCCCUCCCUCGCUGAGCAGGCAGAGAGAGGUGACCGUGCCCCUGCCUCCCCUCCACCUCCCACCUCUGAGUCCUGCUUCCUGCCCGCCCUCCCACCUCACAUACAAGACAGCACCGAGUUCCCCACUCCUCCUCCCACACCCCCGGAGAGGCACGCACUCCAGAAUCUACCAACCCCACCUGCAUCCCCCCCUUUACAUCCUCCUCCUCCUCCAGCUCCUGCAUCCCCUCCUCUACCAUCUGCUACCCGCCGUGAGGACCACUUCCCCGCCUCUGCACCCUUCAGCCCUCCUCUAAGGAGCUCAGACUCUGACGGAGCGUUUGAGACCCCCGAAUCCACAACUCCAGUGAAGGCCGCGUCUCCCACAGAGCCUCCGAUCCAGCAGCUUCUGUUGGACAGCAAAGCUUUUGCAGAAGCAGACGUCUCCAUCGAUGAUCCGGCCUCUGACUUGACCUCGACUGAGAGACUCUGCAGAUCCCCGUCUGUGGUGUUCGACGAGGACCGGCCCAUCGCAGCCAGCGGCGCCUACAAGUUUGAUAGUUUGGCUUCAGAUUUAGCCAGUUCCAGUCUCAUCCGGUCCCAGAGCCUCCAGGGAGGAGAGCUCGAAGGUGCUGAUCAGACCGAAGGAUCAGCUGCAGGAGGUUUUCAUCCACAUCCUGAAUCCUUCAGCGUGGGCACUGGGAGUGCACCGGGGACCCUCCACAGACCAAAGAAAGUCCGUCCUGGUUCUUUGAAGAAGAAACCUUUGCUCAGACAGAACUCCAACCCAGAGAGUCCAAGACCAGCUUCAUCCAACAACACCCCUGAGAUCAACAGGCGGGCAAAACCUCGGACCUCCAGUCCUCUUCAGGCUCCGGAGGAAACAGAGGGAGGAUCUGCGACCCCGAGUCCAGGAGGAACCCUCAGAAAGACCAGGAAGAGCCGGGUGGUGACUCCUCCUCCUCUACCAGAGGAGACAAGUAAUCCAAUCCAAGAGAAGAGCCUUGCCACCCUCGCUUUGCCCCUGUGCCAGGAGGAGACUCCUCUCCCUGGUAGUCCACCAGGCGGAGACGAAUCCCCCAUCCCCCCUGGAGGCGCCUACAAAUGGGAUCCAGAUAACUUUGAGAACAUCGACCCGUUCAACACUGGAGGCAGUAAAAUAGCAAAUUCCCCUAUUCUGGGCCGUAAAGGUCUGCCGUGUACCCCCCUUAAGGACUCUCUAGAAAGCCCCCCAGUCUGUGCCGUAGAGCCGAGCCUUCCAGCUCCUCUCAAAGAGCCGGUCACCGACCCAGAAGAGCAGCCCAUCCUCCCCAAACGUCAGUCGGUAAGGCUGGAGUUUGACUACUCCGAGGAGGCCAGCGAGGCGCCACACCAGGCCUCUCCCCCACCCAAGAAAGUGGGCAAGAAGCCGGGUGCCAAGAUGCCUCUGAGGAAACCAAAGCUGGGUCUGAAGAAGGCCCCUCCGGCUCAGACCGAGCAGCUGGACAACAACCCAGCAGAGUCUCACAACGGGAACGAUGAAGAGAUCCCCAUCCACAAAGCCGCGUACAACUUUGAGCCCGACAAGUGGGACGACCCGAGCUUCAAUCCAUUCAACUCCAAGAAGAACAUCUCCAACUCCCCCAAACUCUCCAGACCCGCUUACAAGUUUGACCCCAACACCUUUGACGACUCUAUAGACCCGUUCAUCUCCUCCAAUAAGAUGGCCAACUCCCCUCCGAAGGCGUCCGCCUCCUUCGAUCUGUCGUCCAGUGACUUUGACAACGAGAACGAGAACGACAACAUCGCAGAGCUGGAGGACCAGAACCAGAACAAACCUGCAAAGAAGAAGAAGACUCCCAUCAAAUCUAAUACUUUCAGGGUGAAGAGGUCGCCAAAGAAAUCUCCUCUGUCAGAAGUCUGCCUGGAACCUCCGCCCACCGAUGAGCCGUCCUCCCUCCACACGCAGGACGACCACGCCACAGACGAGGAGAAGCUGGCGUCCUCCACGGGUCACAAGUGGAACCUGCACGACAUGGAGGCGGACUUGAACUCCGACCAGCAGGACUUCCCUCAGCCCAGCGACCUCACGGCCUUCGUGAACGAGAGCGGUCUUCCUCAUCAGGCCCCAGCACAAGAUUAUGAAAUCGAGUACAUGGAGAAGAUCGGCUCCUCGUCACCUCCGCUGUCUGUGAAGAAGCCCUCUCUGUACCUGAACCUGGACUCGGUCUCUGACAGCUUAACGAAGAACGCUAAUGAACAUGGAUCUCAGCCCAGCUCUCCGUGCACAGGGAGCUUUGAGGAGAUGGAGGCUCAGAUUACGGCGGGUAUGAAGACACCCGUGCUGAGUCCACGUCCCGGUCCUGAAGGUUCUGCUUGUGAUAAAGGCAGGAAGAGAGAGAUCGAGGCCCUCAGCCGGACACAGAGCAUAGAGAGGGAUGAGCAGCCCCCUAGCCAGGGCCCCGUGGAGGCCCCUGCUCCAGUCCCGGCCAUGCCCCCGUUAGACACGCUGUCUGAGUGUGACGACCCCCUGCAGUACCUGGAGCCCGACCUGGCCGAGACCAACCCCACCGCAUUCGCCCAAAAACUCCAGCACAGAGACCUGUCCUCGCCCAUAGAGAGCGGCGUGUCCAAGAACUCCCUGUACGCCCGGACCAACAGCACCAGUUACAUCGAAGGGGAGAGUCCCCACCUGCCCAGAGAGCUGGACCACUCGCUGGGGAUCGCACGAGAGGAGAUCGUGUCGAAGGAGAAAGAAGUCCUGGAGUGGCAGAGGAAGUAUGAAGACAGCCGGCAGGAAGUGGUGGAGAUGAGGAAAAUUGUCUCAGAGUAUGAGAAGACGAUUGCACAGAUGAUAGAGGAUGACCAGAAGGAGAAGUCUCUCUCUCAUCACACCAUCCAGCAGCUGAUCGUGGAGAAGGACCAGGCGCUGGCCGACCUGAACUCCGUGGAGAAGUCUCUGGCCGACCUCUUCAGGCGCUACGAGAAGAUGAAGGACGUCCUGGAGGGCUACAGAAAGAACGAAGAGGUUCUCAAGAAGUGCGCUCAAGAGUAUCUGUCCAGGGUCCGUAAGGAGGAGCAGCGCUAUCAGGCCCUGAAGAUCCACGCCGAGGAGAAACUGGACAAGGCCAAUUCAGAGAUCGCUCAGGUACGAGCAAAGGCCAAGCAGGAGCAGGCGGCGUACCAGGCCAGCAUGAGGAAGGAGCAGAUGAAGGUGGACUCACUGGAGCGCACUUUGGAACAGAAGAACAAAGAGAUCGAGGAGCUGACGAAGAUCUGUGACGAGCUGAUCGCAAAGAUGGGGAAGAGUUAGCGACCACACCGCUCCGAGGCCAACCCUCACCGAGAGGAGGAGUGGAUGUGGAUCAACUACUUACAAGAAGAAGAAGCAGAAUAACAAGAAGUCACACUUCCCGCUCUUUAAAGACUCUGAAAGACUAAACUGUCUCUGACUGUGUGAACCGGAUCCACAGGAAAGGCUUCCUCUGAAUCACUCUGUACAUUUUUGACGUGUCAGUGUCUCGUCCUGUAUCGGGGGUCUGGUUUCAAGUUUUAGAAAAUGUAUCAUAUCACUUCUAAAUGUGUGUGUGUGUGUGUGUGAGAGAGUGUGUGUAUGAUGAUGAGGAGAACAUGAGAGCACUGUGGGUUCAAUGAUCUAGGAUGAGUUUGCCAUGACAGCCACUGAUGGAGAAGACUGUUUACCCGCUCCUGUUGUUGUUUCUGAAUCUGAGAGAGAGAGAGACUUUGAGAAGGAGCAGCAGACACUUCAGAUCAGUCACUAAAUAUCCACGCCACAGCACCAAGAGAACACAGUUAACACCGUAACUUACUGCAUGUAAGGAAGAACUACUUGUCAUGUUAAUGUUUGUAUAUAGUGUACUGUAGCAAAAUCCAAGUAUGAAAAAGACUCCUCUGCAUCCUUUUUGAUAGUGACUCUGUGGUCCUCGCCCGCUCAUGUAACCUUGUAGAUACUUGUCAUACUUAUCAUAGCUUUCUUGAUGAAAUCGUGGGGACUAUAUUUUGGAUUUUAUUUUGAUAUGAAGCAAACUAAUCGUGACUGUGUUCCGUUGUGACCGGGAGUAAUUUAAUUUUGGAUGUCCGAGUCCUGCUAUGGUUGUCGUGUCACACUGAGGAAUAACUUCUCUGCACAGCUCCUGUACAGCAUCUGCUUACAAAGUGCAAUAAAAGAUGGCAAUACACAACA